GUUACCGGUCUCGCCAUGGAGCGGAAAGGUGAGCGGUGGAGCGGCCUCCGCCACGAGGGGCAACGGCCGGCCGGGCGAGGCCCGGGUCCGCCGGAGCUUUGCCUAGCCGCCGCAGUCCGGUCCCCGGGCGUGCGGCGCCCCCCCACUGAGGUGGCGCCGCCCUUCACCCCCCGCCUCUGGGCUGCGGGUCCGCGCCCCUCAGCCCAGGCGUCCUUCCGCACCGGCAGUCAUCGCCCCUUGUUCCCCGCCAGGCCGGCCCGCGCCUUGGGGCCGCUGCAGGGCCCGGCCCGCGGCCGGCGAGGCAGACCCCCGCCCGCCGGCCCCCUGACCCGACCCGAGCCCCCGCCGGCGCACCCCGCCCGGGCGCAGCUCUGCGCCCCGCCGGCCGCCCGCCGCUCGGCCGGCCGCCUCGCCGAAGCCGCGGCGCUCGUCCCGGAGCCGCCCCUCAGCCAGGCCCCGCACCCGGGCCUCGCGCCCCUGCUGGGUCUCCACCCUCACCUUGGUCGCCUCCUUUACUCCACAUUCGCCCUUCAUCCAUCCCUCUCUCCUGCAGUGCUUGCGCUCCAGGCCCGAAAGAAAAGGACCAAGGCCAAGAAGGACAAAGCCCAGAGGAAAUCUGAAACUCAGCACCGAGGCUCUGCUCCCCACUCGGAAAGUGAUCUACCAGAGCAGGAAGAGGAGAUUCUGGGAUCUGAUGAUGAUGAGCAGGAAGAUCCCAAUGAUUAUUGUAAAGGAGGUUAUCAUCUUGUGAAAAUCGGAGAUCUAUUCAAUGGGAGAUAUCACGUGAUCCGAAAGUUGGGCUGGGGACACUUUUCGACAGUGUGGUUAUCAUGGGAUAUUCAGGGGAAGAAGUUUGUGGCAAUGAAAGUAGUUAAAAGUGCUGAACAUUAUACUGAAACAGCACUAGAUGAAAUCCGGUUGCUGAAAUCAGUUCGUAACUCAGACCCUAAUGAUCCGAAUAGAGAAAUGGUUGUUCAGCUACUAGAUGACUUUAAAAUAUCAGGAGUUAACGGAACACAUAUCUGCAUGGUGUUUGAAGUUUUAGGGCAUCAUCUGCUCAAGUGGAUCAUCAAGUCCAAUUAUCAAGGGCUCCCACUGCCUUGUGUCAAAAAAAUUAUUCAACAAGUGUUACAGGGUCUGGAUUAUUUACACACCAAGUGCCGUAUCAUCCACACUGACAUUAAACCAGAAAACAUCUUGUUGUCAGUGAAUGAGCAGUACAUCCGAAGAUUGGCUGCAGAAGCAACAGAGUGGCAGCGAUCUGGAGCUCCUCCACCCUCUGGAUCUGCGGUCAGUACUGCGCCCCAGCCUAAACCAGCUGACAAAAUGUCAAAGAAUAAGAAGAAGAAAUUGAAGAAGAAGCAGAAGCGCCAGGCAGAAUUACUAGAGAAGCGAAUGCAGGAAAUUGAGGAAAUGGAGAAAGAGUCGGGCCCUGGGCAAAAAAGACCAAACAAGCAAGAAGAAUCAGAGAGUCCUGUUGAAAGACCCUUGAAAGAGAACCCACCUAAUAAAAUGACCCAAGAGAAACUUGAAGAGUCAAGUACCAUUAACCAGGAUCAGACACAUAUGGAACGUGGUGUAGAGGGUGGUGCAGCAGAGAUUAAUUGCAAUGGAGUAAUUGAAAUCGUUAAUUAUACUGAGAACAAUAAUAAAGAAACAUUGAGGCUUAAAGAGGAUCUACAUAAUGCUAAUGACUGUGAUGUCCAAAAUUUGAAGCAGGAACCUAGUUUCCUAAGCUCCCAAAAUGGAGACAGCAGCACAUCUCAAGAAACAGACUCUUGUACACCUAUAACCUCUGGGGUGUCAGAUACCAUGAUGUGCCAGUCUUCACCAAAUGUAGACCAGUCAUUCAGUGAACAGGACAUCAGCCAGCUUCAAGAAAGCAUUCGGGCAGAGAUACCCUGUGAAGAUGAGCAAGAACAAGAACAAAAUGGACCAUUGGACAACAAAGGAAAAUCCACUGCUGGAAAUUUUCUUGUUAAUCCCCUUGAGCCAAAAAAUGCAGAAAAGCUCCAGGUGAAAAUUGCCGAUCUUGGAAAUGCCUGCUGGGUGCACAAGCAUUUCACUGAAGAUAUUCAAACAAGGCAGUAUCGCUCGUUGGAAGUUCUGAUAGGAUCUGGCUAUAAUACUCCUGCAGACAUUUGGAGCACGGCAUGCAUGGCGUUUGAACUGGCCACAGGCGACUAUUUGUUUGAACCGCAUUCAGGGGAAGAGUACACUCGGGAUGAAGAUCACAUUGCAUUGAUCAUAGAACUUCUGGGGAAGGUGCCUCGCAAGCUCAUUGUGGCAGGAAAAUAUUCCAAGGAAUUUUUCACCAAAAAAGGUGACCUGAAACACAUCACGAAACUGAAACCCUGGGGCCUUUUUGAGGUUCUAGUGGAGAAGUAUGAGUGGUCUCAGGAAGAGGCAGCUGGCUUCACGGAUUUCUUACUGCCCAUGUUGGAGCUGAUACCCGAGAAGAGAGCCACUGCUGCCGAUUGUCUCCGGCACCCUUGGCUCAACUCCUAAGCCCCAGCCUAACAGCGCAGCAGAGAUCACAUGCUGACCCCACCCCUCCCCAACAAGCAUUUCCCUCUUCCCUUUUCAGGGUGAAGCUCUUCCUUCAAGGGUUUCCUAAGGGGUUUUUUUGUUUUGUUUUUUUGUUUUUUUGUUUUUUGUUUUCUUGUUUUCUUUUUUUAAAUCAAUCUGUUCAUUUGGGUUUGCUUACUUGACCCUGUGGAGAUCCCCCACAGCCAUUGGGCAUCCUAGGUGAAUUUGGCCUUGAUUGGGCUCUGCCAAAGACGAAUAGACUAAAAUGUGAAACAGCCUCUCACCCUGUACCCUUGUCUUUCCAUUAGAACACCCUUUAAAUUAUACACAUCCUUUUUAAAAACUAUGAAGAUGUAUGAGCUCAUCCUUUUAUUCACUGACUCUAAGAGUCAAAUUUUCUAGUGCGUAUCUUAUUGCCAGCAUAAGGAUGAGAAGGGGAAAGGGUGUUACUUCUGUGUACAGCAGAGACAUUAAACUUGCUGUAUCCAGGCUGCAUCAUCUACCUGGACUGUUUCUGUUGCUCUCUAUGUUCACAUUUUUUCCUGCGACUUUCAGGCUAUCUUUUUAAAGGAGCUGUAUAAGCUCCAAAUUUGGGUACCAUUUUAUCACUGUUCAAAGCACUGUCAAAUUCCUUUCAUCCUUUAAUAACUCUAAGAUCCUUGAAUCUUUGGUCUGAUUUUUGAUGAAAACAGAAGCGGAACCAUUGAUUUGUAAUUUCUGCAGAACCACAGCUGUUUUGCAAAACAGUCCUUUCCUGUGUGUCUUCUGUCACCCUAACAGCAGAGUUCGUUCAUUUGGCUGUUUUGUUUUUCAUUGUUUUAACCCCUGGCUGGCACUUUACUCACUGCACUUGAGUUUAUUGCCCCAUAACUAACUAAAGAAUCCAGGAUGACUCUAGAAAGGAGAUCUGGGUAUCAGAGAUUUUCCCUCUAAGAAGAAAAUGCCCUAGAAUUCCUGAUUCUUUUCCAAUCAGUCCCCUACUUGUAUUCACAGCUUUUUCUUCAUCUUGUCCAAAUUUAGCCUUGAAGCAGUUUCCCUCUGUGGCUUAGCCUUUCUCAUUUUCUGAGAGGUUUCAGGUCUUAAGUGAAAUCCCAGCAUAGAAGAACCAAGGGGAAGGGUGGGAUGGCACUUUUUGGGGUGGGGUUUUUUUGUUUUGUUUUGGAGGGGGUGUUUUGUUUUGUUUUUAUUUUUGUUUUUUGUUUUUGGUUGUUUUAAGAUUAGCCAUUCUCUGCUGCUAUUUCUUUGUAUAAUGUAAGUUUUUAACUGCAACUUUGGGAUAAUUGAGAUGUACUUGAGGCUUUUUUUUUUUUUUUUUUUUUUAAUGAGAAAAGGCUCUGUGAAUCUUACUUUAGAAUGGGCCUCUCUUAGACUUGCCCUAGACAUCAUAUAUUCCUCGGGUCAUAUUGAAAAGUAAAAGAGGGGCAGGCUUGGGGUCACAGCCACUUGUUCAGCACAGACCAAGUGGGCCUUGAGGACUACAGCGUUCUGCGGAGACGGCUCCAGGAGUGAUUUACAGAAAGCCAAGGAAGGCAACUUGAGGCUCUACUAGCAAAGCUGCUGAUGAGACUUUCAGGUAGCUGACCCUCUAUACAGGAAAUUGGAGUCCAGAUUCUGCCAUUUUUCCACCAACAACAGCAAAGGAAAACAUGGUGCAAUUAUGCAAUCCAUUUAACUCAUAAACCUAGAACCCUGAGUACCGAUGGCCAGCCAUUCAUCGGAUCCUUGAUUGGGUAGUCCUGAAAUCAGACAUGUUCCUGUAGAAAGAAUUUUAAGUGAGGCUGUCUAUGCACCUAUCAAGAAUAAAGAAAAUAGAUUGUAUCCAACAACGGCAGGGAAAAUCCUUCGGCACUUCUAAUCCACUUUGGCUUUUCAGCGAUAUAUACAUCUAAAGCAAUAGCAGACUAGAACUGAAUUCUUUUCUACACUGUAAAAUAACAAUUGUGGAAUUACAGGAAUUCUGGUGAUGAUAUUAAAGUAAAAUAACCAAAACACAAAUAGAAGGCCCCAUUUUAACAAUUGAUGUAAAAAGAAAUUUUAAGAAGAGAGAACCUAUAACUUCUUUCUUGGACAUGUUUUCCCUCCAAAUAAGGGCUUUUCCCCCUGUCAUUUAAGGAGCCAGAUGAAUUAGAAGCCGUAGAAAGAGGCAGCUAUAGAAAUUGAUCUUCCAAGUACCCCAUGUACCUUUAUUGAACUUAAUCAUAAUACUGUCAAAUUGCCAUGAUCUUACUAAAGGAUUUCUAUUGCUGUCAGUUAAAACCCCAAAUGCAUUUUUAUUCUUUCUAUCAGGUGCAUUGUCUGUUUUCUUUAUAAAUGCAGUACAAUAAACAAAUUAUUUAAUAACCUA